AGCUGAUUGCAAUUUUGGUUGCGUCUUUUUUUCUAAUCUUGCUAUCGGCCGACUGCUCGUCUUCUCUUUGGAAACGGCCAACAUCGUCCUUCAGGGAAUUGCUGAAGUUACCUAUAGAAAUGUUUAGCAGAACAACUUUGGUCUUACAGACCCUCAAUGGGCAGCAACAGGUACGAGGGAUGGCCACCUUGAAGGCCAUUUCAAUCCGACUGAAGUCGGUGAAGAACAUCCAGAAGAUCACCCAAUCCAUGAAGAUGGUGUCGGCUGCCAAGUACACCCGGGCUGAGAGAGAUCUGCGGCAGGCCCGACCUUAUGGAGAGGGUGCUCAGCAAUUCUACCAGAAGGCUGAGGUGUCUGGGGAAUCGGAGGCUCCACAGAAGCUUAUUAUCGCCGUUACCUCAGACAGAGGACUGUGCGGGGCUGUGCACACACAGGUGUCCCGAGCCAUCAGGAAUGAGCUGGCCGAAAGCGGAGCCAACACCAGUGUACUGUGCAUUGGUGAUAAAUCUCGAGCAAUUCUUCAGAGAUUGUAUGGCAAGAACAUUAUUCUUGUUGCGAAUGAAAUCGGCCGAAAGCCUCCUUCUUUCCUUGAUGCUGCCAGGAUUGCUCAGCAGACCAAAGAUUUCAACUUUACUUCUGGCAAGAUUGUGUAUAACAGAUUCAAGUCUGUAGUAUCUUAUUCAACUACUGAAAUCCCACUGUUCUCGGCUGCGGCUGUCGCUGCUGCCCCCAAACUGGGAGUCUAUGACUCCCUUGAUGAAGAUGUCAUCAAGAGCUACCUGGAGUUUUCAUUGGCAUCUCUUCUCUUCUACUGUCUGAAGGAAAGUGCUUGCUCAGAGCAGUCCUCUCGUAUGACAGCUAUGGACAAUGCAAGCAAAAACGCUGGGGAAAUGAUUGAGAAGUUGACAUUGACAUUCAAUCGCACACGACAGGCUGUCAUUACCCGAGAACUGAUUGAGAUCAUUUCGGGAGCAGCAGCCCUCGACUAAGUCAUGUCGUAUCAGCUCGUCUGUUAGAAGAAUUUGGUUAAGUUGGCUCUGGUGUCUGGAUGAUUCUCAAGUUGCUUACUCUAGAAUUGAAUUAUACUUUGCUGGUAUCAUCAUUUUACAUUUGCAAUUAAUAAUUUGAUCAAAUUGAAAUAAUCAGUUGUAUUUUAUGAGCUGUUUGUUUGACCCCUAAAUAACAUCAAUUUGCAACACAGUUGCCGAAACAGCUUUUAAAAUACUUUUGAUGUAAACAAAAUUUAUCAUGUCAUCCAAAAAGUAGAAUUUUGAAUAUUUUUUGUUUUCUAUAUUCGGAUCAUUUAUGUUGUGAAACUGUAUUAAUGUAUAAGGCAAUAAAUAACUUAUAAUACCCUA